AAGGAAGUCUUCCCCAGAAACGGCGAACCCCGGGCCUGUGUUUGUGCGCGCGCCGCUGGCGGCUCCUUUUGGACCCGGCUGAUGCCCGCGUGCUCCGGCGCGUGACAAGAAGGGGAAAAAGCGUCCCCACCGCGUGCGCAGCAGCAGCAAUAACAAAGACUUGCACCAGGGCUGGCCCCUGAUCAUAUUUUGCAAGAGAGACCUCCUCUCACCUCACUCCGAAGUGGAACUUCAUAUGGGGAGCCUAUUUCCGAAGCAAGCUCAUCCAAGAUGGCAGUGUACCUCUGGUGUCUGCUCAUGUUAAGGAUGGAAGUUCAAGAUCCUUAAAUAGACCUGCUACGAGGGUGAAACAUUUCCCCAAAGCAUUCACAGUACAUAGACUGCAACAUAAAAUGGAAGGAAUGAAUCUCAAACACGACCCAGUAAUGCCCAGGUCCAUAUUUGCUUGGGAUUAUGUUCUCUGGGAAGUACGUUUGAAAAUAAUGGUGGCUGGCUUCUUUCUAUACUUGGGAGUAUUUUCUCUGUCGCAUUGCCUGUCUUCAUGGAUCAGUGUCACAUACCGCUUGCUCCCUUCAAAGGAGAAAGUCUUCUGGAACCUGGCAGCUACCCGGGGUGUGUUUGGCAUCCAGAGCUGUGUUGCCGGGUUGUGGGCCUUGCUUUUUGAUCCCGUUUUUCAAGCUGACAAGGUGUAUGCACAACAGGAUUGGAGCUGGUUCAAUUGCCUCAUAGCCUCUGGAUUCUUUUUGCUUGAAAAUGUAGCUGUUCACAUAUCCAACGUCGUCUUCAGAACUUUUGACUUGUUCUUAGUUGUACACCAUUUCCUUGCCUUUGGUGGCUUUUUUGGUCUGAUUACCAACAUAAAGUCCGGACAUUACAUACCCUUGAUGGGAAUACUACUUGAGAUGAGCACGCCUUUUACCUGCAUAUCAUGGAUGCUUUUAAAGGUUGGUUGGUCCAACACUUUCUUUUGGAAGGCAAACCAGUGGGUCAUGAUCCAUAUGUUUCACUGCCGCAUGAUCCUUACUUAUCAUAUGUGGUGGGUUUGCAUUUCUAACUGGAACGCUGUGCUGGAGAAUCUGGGACUUCUGCAUUUUGCUGUUGUAUUUGUUGGAAUGACUGCUGUCACUUUUAUACUUAAUCCUUACUGGAUGUACAAAAAGACUCAACAGCUCCUCUGCCCCGUUGACUGGAAUUUUUCCAACAGGACAAUGAAAAAUGGUUCCUCCAAAAAACUGAAUGGAGACACGUUCCAGAAGAAAGAGCUUUGAUGCUAGUUUUUGCACUUUUUGGGGCGGCAGUAAGAUAGAGCCGUAAGGAUGCAGGGCAGAUAGCCAGUUAGCAUUAUGAAGCUUCUGUUUGUUAAUUAAGAGAUCUCAACCAUAUUUAUUACUAGUUUUUGGUUUUCUUAUCAGUAUUACCCUCACAAUGAGUGUUGCUAACCUAACUAAAAUAUAUGUUUUGUGGAUGAAUCUUGAACUGUGGGCAUAUUUUAAGAUAUACCGAAAGAAAUAUAUUGAACGAAAUUUACUCCGGCUUAAUAUUUGUUGAUUGUGAAGAAUCCAGACAUGUACAAACAUAACCCAGUGUUUCUUGUAGUCACAGUCUUGCUAAUCUUUGAAAAACCUGUUCAGUUCAAAUAGUGCAAGCCUUUAGUACCUGGGUAGAAUGCCAUUCAAGUUCAUCCUGACUAAACAGGAGAAUUAAACGUUCCCACAAAUUCUUCCUUCUCUUGUAGCUUCAUGUGCUGCCUCCACUACUGAGAGUCCCAUCUUCCCAACUUGAUAGAGUAAGUUGAGGAGGCAAUAGAAAUAUCCUCCUCUCCCUUUUCUACCAGUGAGAUUCCUCCACUGAGUCAAAAGUCUUUUAGAGACAGAAGAUGUCCUUCUGUUUGUAGGAAGAUAAAGCCUGAGCCGAAGUGAGUUUUUCUUUCUGCCCAACAUAGCAGUGUUAAAAUUCUGACCCUGCUUACUAGUCCUAGAUAAAGAAAGAAUACAUUACCCAAAACUGAGUUGUUAGAAUGGAGCAUAGUAAAUUUAAGCUGCAUUUCAGGAGCCCCCAAUGGUGCAAUGGGUUAAACCCUUGUGCUGGCAGAACUGCUGACCAAAAGGUCGAUGGUUCAAAUCUGGGAAGCGAGGUGAGCUCCCGUCUGUCAGCUUCAGCUUCCCAUGCGAGAACAUGAGAGAGGCCUCCCACAGGGUGGUAAAAUAUCCAGGCGCCUCUGGGCAACGUCCUUGUAGACAGCUAGUUCUCUCACACCAGAAGCCACCUGCGGUUUCUCAAGUCGCUCCGGACACGAAAAAAGGGAGAAAGAUAGGGCUCUUCCUCCAUCCCAACUGCCAUUGCCCUGGCCUUAGAGGGAGAGAAGAAGAGGCAGACAUAACCCCAUCGUGCCUAGCCCAGAACCAGAUAAAAGUCAUUCCUCUACCCUCACUGCUUCUGACCAAGAGAAGAGCAGACAAGGACAGUUCUAUCAUGUCUAAAAUCAAAAUUAGAUGAAAGCCCUCCCUCCAUCCCAGCUGCCACUGUCCUGGCCUCUGACUGAGAGAAGAAGAGGCCAGCAUAGCUCCAUCGUGCAAAGGCCCCGAAGCAGGGGACAGGCUCUCCUUCCAUCCCAGCUGCCACUGCCUUGGCCUCUGAAAGAGAAGGGAAGAGGUCAUGUCUUAAUUAGAUUGUAAAUGGCAGAGAACUCUUCUGUUAUUCUUUGAUUUGUAAAACACGAUAUAAAUCAAUGAUGAUUAAAUAAUAAAAUGAAACUUGUCUUAAAUUUGGCCACUCAGAAAGUUGUUUUUAAGCAAAGGCAAACUUAUGGCAAAUAUUCCAAAUGUAGCUUGGCCUACUCUAAAGAUUUUUAGAUAGUAAAAUUUUUAACAUCUAUAUCUCAUAACAGGAUAAAACUCAGAUUGAAAGACAGUCAUUAUUUGUCUACCUUUUAAAAAAAUGCAACUCCUGAAAUCUAGUCUCAUCUUAUAAAUCAAAAAAUGAUUGUAAAGGGUAUCUGAACUUCAAAGGAAAAUCUUUUUAAAUGUGUUGUCGAAGGCUUUCAUAGCCAAAGCAGUUCAAGGGUUGUCAAACUGCAUUCAUUCUAUUAUUUACUAGAUCAGAGGCCUCCCGUUGGGUUGCUGUGAGUUUUCCAGGCUGUAUGGCCAUGUUUCAGAAGCAUUCUCCUGAUGUUUUGCCCACAUCUGUGGCAGGCAUCCUCAGAUGUUGUGAGAUCUGUUGGAAACUAGGUCUAUACAUCUGUGGAAAGUCCAGAGUGGGAGAACACAGUAUACUAUUUGAGACCACAGAAAUGCUGGACCACUCUAAGAACCACCAUGUCAGACUACACAGAAGCCAUUGAAACCCACAAGCAGGUGGACAAUUUCAACAGAAAAGAAGAAACCAUGAAAAUGAACAAAUCCUGGCUACCAGUAUUUAAAAACUCUAAAAUCAGGACAAUAAAUAAAGAACAACAUUCAGAAAACGGGAAUGCCAGACGAGAAACAAUCAGGGCCAGUUAAUACCUCCCAACAAAAGAUUCCAUCAGACAGGAAGCAGCCAGGCUUUGAAUCUGCAAGGCCAUUCAAUGCUAAUCAAGAUGGCCAAUUGCAACAUUCAUACUUGCCUCAAGCAGACAAAGAGUUCUUUCUCCCAACCUGGACUUUCUACAGAUAUAUAAACCCCACUUGCCUAGUUUUCACCAGACCUCACAACCUCUGAGGAUGCCUGCCAUAGAUGUGGAUGAAACAUCAGGAGAGAAUGCUUCUGGAACAUGGCCAUACAGGCUUUAAAACUCACAGCCACCCUUUUUAAAGUUUACAGAAAAAGGGGCUUGACAGCAUCUGUAUUGCAAAAGAAUGUUGUGGAGCACUGACUCCUAGUGGCAGUUGUAGUGAAUAGCCUGGCUGUCUCUAUAAGCAAAAUACAAAGUGAAAUUGAACAUACGCACAAUUUUAGAACACCUCUAGAUGGAUUUUAAAAAACUAGAAAGUCUCAGAUUUUGUUCAUGUUCUUAAUUGUUUUAUUUUGGAGAUCUAGAGAUGUUUUGUUUAUCCCAGACUAUUCCUGUCAGCUCCCAUUAUGAUCAGAGUCUUAUACCUGUUUCCUUGGUUAAUAUAGUUUAAUAUAGUAUAACAUUGGAAAGAACAGAAACAGAAUCUGGAACAGUUCAAUUAUUUGGGAUGCAUCCAAAGAAGAAUAAUUAUGUUAUCAGCCCUCUACAUCCAUAGGUUCUGCAUCACAGUUUCAACCAUCCAUAACUUGAAAAUAUGUCCCCCUCAAUUUCCCCCCUAAAAGAAGCAAACCUUGAUUCUACCAUUUUAUAUAAGUGACACCUUUUUAUUAUGCUAUGGUGUAUAAUGGGAUGAGAGCAUUCAUGGAUUUUGGUAUCCACAGAAGGUCCUGGAGCCAAACCCUGAUAGAUAUCCACCUUGAAAAGGUGUGGCUUUGUUUUGUUUGUCUAUAAGCAUUGCGGAGUGCCUGGCGUUUUUUUGCUGCCUAAAUUAUGCUACAUAAUUUUCCAUCUACCAGUAUUGCAUAAGUUUCCAUUUACCACUGUAUGCUGAUGGAAUGAAUAUAGAAUGUAAUGGAAUGCAAACAUAAUAAAUACCAUAUUUACUUGA